CCGAUGAUGCGAAGAUGCAAGCAUAAAUGCCCCGCGCAUGUCAAUGAAAUUUGGAACCUCAGUGCUGCCACUCUCCAGAGCCUGGACGCAAGGUUGAUCCAUUCGGGGGCCAAAUUCCAAAGGCAAUCUAUUCCAAUAGCAACUCGAAACACACCACAGCAUUCAACCAUAAAACUAAAUAAGUCCGUAAUUAAGCACCAGCUGCAGAACUCCUGAUCUUGAUUACCAUCCGGAGCAUAGCAGAAGACGUAGCGGCGGCGCGUACGCAAUGACCUUGUCGACUCACGGGGAACCCCGGUAAUGUGCCCUCUGCAUCAUUGAAAGAGAUAAUUGGUAAACGUCCUCGUGUAAUCCGCGAAAGGCGCGACGAUCAAGGAUCGCGACAACGGCCCAUUGAUCACACACCAAAACGUCGGGCAGCAUUGUCCCUUCUAACAUCUUCUUACUGCGCAAGUCGAACAUUGGGGUCCCGCUACAACUCGCGAAGGAGGCUACGCUGUUACAUAGAUCUUGAUUAUUUUUAAAUAAUUGAAGAAACGAGAGUGAGAAGGAGGGUUAAAGUCUGUUGACAUGUCGAUGUAUAUACACUGGGUCAAACAUUUAUACUAAUCAGCAUGUAUGCUCUGCAAAUGCAAACUGCCUGUCAAGGUGAAGGUGACGGGGAACCUCAGCCCGAUCCUUCUGUACAAAAUCCAGAACCGACUCACGCAGUAACACAAGAUUGCAGUUCCUUUGAUAUUGUCAGAGCUACGCAGUAUGGAGCACUGGAAAGAGUUACUGAAUUGGUAGAAGCAGGUGCAGAUGUCAAUCAACUGGAUGCUGAAACAGUUACAUUAUUACAUUGGGCUGCAAUAAAUAAUCGAAGGGAAAUUGUUAAGUAUUUAAUUGCAAAAGGAGCCAUUGUUAAUGCGAUUGGUGGAGAAUUAGCAUCGACUCCGUUACAUUGGGCUACCAGGCAAGGUCAUUUAGCAACUGUUGUAAUUCUAAUGAGAUCUGGAGCAGAUCCUACAUUGCGAGAUUGCGAAGGUUCUUCAUGUAUACAUUCCGCAGCUCAAUUUGGACACACAGCCGUUGUUGCCUAUCUAGUCGCAAAGGGGGUAAAUCCAAGUAUGCAAGAUAGAAGUGCCAUGACACCAUUAAUGUGGAGUGCUUACAAAAUUAAUAGCUUCGCAUAUUUUCACAGUCUAGAUCCAACAAGAUUACUACUUACUCUAGGAGCUUCGCACAGUUUGACAGAUAAUUUGUACGGUAAUACUGCUCUACAUUGGGCGAUUAUAGCCAAAAAUGAUACAGCGAUCAGAACUUUAGUACAUUAUGGAGCGUCUCUAGAUGUUCCUAAUUUUAAAAAUGAAACACCAAUGAUGUUAUUAGGACCGCAUAUUGGUGCAGCAUGGUUAGGGCAUAAAUUUAGUCAUGAAAUAAGACAAAAGCAAGGACGUACAAAAGUUUGGUGUAGAGAUAAGAGAAUACGAUGGUACUGCAUGAUAAGCACUCCUUUUAUAAUAUUUUAUGCAAUUGGAAUGAUAUUCCAAAGUGACCUAGAUUACUUUAUUAAAUUGGUUGCCUUUGUUGCUCUCUACAUUGCAAUUCAUACUGCAAGUAACUACAUUUAUGAUGAGAGACUCUAUUAUGUUCUACCAAUGUCAAUUUAUUUAGCUACUAAGAUGUGGAUAUAUAUAACUUGGGUCUUUUGGCUCGGACUACAUGCGGCGUGGUAUCUUUGGCUUUUAGUAGUUGGUGGUUCAGUUCCUCUUUGGAUAUGCUUUUUACAAUCUUGGCGUGGAGAUCCAGGUGUAAUUAAAGCCUCUCACGAGGAUAAACUCAAUUGUAUAGUAGAAUUAGCAGAAAAUGGUGGCUUUGAGCCUCAAUUGUUUUGUCACACUUGUUUAGUGCGAAAGCCAAUACGAUCAAAACAUUGUUCAAUAUGUGAUGCUUGUGUCGCCCGAUACGAUCAUCAUUGCCCAUGGGUAAACAAUUGCAUUGGCGCCCGUAAUCAUAAAUACUUUCUUGGAUUCUUAACAUCUCUUCUGGCUCUUUGUGUUGUAAUUUUAACCGCUAUUGUCCAAUAUUGGCAAUUUGAGUGCUGGACAAAUCUUACAGACAGCCAUACAGCCGAUAAUUAUUUAGUAGCAGCUGCGACCUGUGAUGCAUGGAUUAUGUGGAUAACAACUAACACCGCUCUACACUUAUUUUGGGUAGGAACACUCCUCACCUGUCAAUGCUAUCAGAUUAUUAUACUUGGUAUGACAACAAAUGAGCGCAUAAAUGCUGGACGUUAUAAGCAUUUUAGCAAAGGAAACCCUUUCCAUAGAGGCGCCUUACAAAAUGCAGCUGACUUUUGUGACUGUAGCUUAUGUGGCUUAAAAGCCAAACCUAGUACGGACUGGUUACACAGUUAUGAUUUAAAGCAAAGUGUUGAAAAAUUGCCAUUACUUUCACAAAAAGAGUAUCAGUAUGUCUAAUUUGUCAUUAAACAGCGCCAAAGUUGCGAUUCUAGUGAUUUAUUUUGCUGACAAGAACACGGAAAGCUUAAAACCAAAACAUUAAAAAAUAAGUGUACCUUGGACAACGAAAAUCGAGAUCAAUAGUCUCAGAGAAAUCUAGUCAUCAAUUACUGACAUGCGAAAACAGAGUAGAUGCUGAAAAUAUCAUCAUAUAACGUGACUUGAAACGUGAAUACGAUAACAUAUUGUGCCAUCACAGAAUUUUGCAACAUAUUUAAAUAUGCAUUAACAGAUUUUUUGAAUACGUUAUUCAUAUAUUUUGU